CAAACCAUCUCCUCUCCUAACCACCUCUCUUCUCUUCUUAUUCCCGCAAAAAUGUACUUCUCUUCCAAGUCCCUCGCCCUCUUCCUCGGCAGCAACUUGCUGGCUGUCAAUGCCGCUCCCGUGAGCAGCUCGACCUCGACUGCUCCUGCCACCACUACCACUGGCCCUGCCAACUACGGCGAGUAUGGCAACUACGGCAACUACGGCUCGUACGGCUCCUACAAGCGUGAUGCCAUCCCCAAGAAGGAGAAGUCCGAGACCUCGGCUGCCCCUACCACCACUGCCCCGGCCGACUAUGGCAGCUACGGCAACUACGGCAACUACGGCACCUACGACAACUACGGCAACGUGAAGCGUGAGGACAAGAAGGACACCACCUCCGCUGCCCCUACUUCCACUGCUCCCGCCGAGUACGGCAGCUACGGCGACUACGGCAACUAUGGCCAGUACGGCAACUACGGCUCGUACAAGCGUGAUGCCGCUCCCGAGAAGAAGGAGGAGCCUUCGACCUCUGCCUCUUCUGCCGAGCCUACCUCCACCGGCCCUGCUGACUACGGCAACUACGGAAACUACGGCAACUAUGGCUCCUACGGUUCCUACAAGCGCGGCGCUCCCAAGGAGGACAAGGACGAGCCCUCGAAGACCUCCUCCGCUGAGCCCACCUCCACUGGCCCUGCCAACUACGGCGAGUAUGGCAACUACGGUAACUACGGCUCGUACGGCUCCUACAAGCGUGACGCCCCCAAGGAGGAGAAGGAGCCCUCCAAGACGACGACCACUGCUGCUGAGUCUACCACCGCCCCUGCCACCUACGGUGACUACGGCAACUAUGGCAACUACGGAAACUACGGAUCCUACUAAGGGUCUGUUUUUUGGAGGCGAGGUGCAGUUGUACAGUGACACGUCAUCGCGAGGGGGUGUUACUGUUGUUGCCUGAACAUCCAUCGUGCUGAGUAAAUACCAAACAGCACGAGGCAGGCAAAGGAGCAAAAUGCAUGGUGAUCACGGUUCUGAAUAAUGAUAAGUGUUAAUUAGACUGAGUUAUUAUAUAGCGAUA